CUGUGGCCCGGCCGCGGCCGUGCCCUCCUGGUCCCCUCACCCUCACACACACAGGCCGGGCAUUGAUGGUAAUGUAUGCGAGGAAACAGCAGAGACUCAGUGAUGGCUGUCACGACCGCAGGGGGGACUCGCAGCCCUACCAGGCUCUUAAGUACUCAUCCAAGAGUCACCCCAGUGGUGGCGAUCACCGUCAUGACAAGAUGCGAGACACCGCAGACCCUUCGCCACCAAACAAAAUGCUGCGGCGCUCGGACAGCCCCGAAAACAAAUACGGUGACAGCACAGGGCACGCUAAAGCAAAAAGUGUGCAUACUCACAGAGUUAGAGAGAGGGAUGGUGGGACCAGUUACUCUCCACAAGAAAAUUCACACAACCACAGUGCUCUUCAUAGUUCAAAUUCACAUUCUUCUAAUCCCAGCAAUAAUCCAAGCAAAACUUCUGAUGCAGCUUAUGAUUCUGCGGAUGAUUGGUCUGAACACAUCAGCUCUUCAGGCAAAAAGUACUACUACAACUGCCGAACAGAAGUUUCACAGUGGGAAAAACCAAAAGAGUGGCUGGAAAGAGAGCAGAGACAAAAAGAAGCUAGCAAAAUGUCAGUUAACAGUUUUCCAAAAGAUAGGGAUUACAGAAGAGAGGUGAUGCAGGCGACAGCUGCCAGUGGGUUUGCCAGUGGAAUGGAAGACAAGCAUUCCAGUGACACCAGCAGUAUGCUCCCACAGAAUAUUUUAUCUCAAACAAGCAGGCACAAUGACAGAGACUACAGACUGCCAAGAGCAGAGACUCACAGUAGUUCUACUCCAGUACAGCAUCCCAUCAAACCAGUGGUUCAUCCAACUGCUACCCCAAGCACUGUUCCUCCUAGUCCAUUUUCUCUACAAUCUGAUCACCAGCCAAAGAAAUCCUUUGAUGCUAAUGGAGCAUCUACUUUAUCAAAACUGUCUACAUCCACAUCUUCCAUCCCUGCACAGAAAACAGAGAGAAAAGAGUCUGCAUCUGUGGACAAGUCUGUAUCCCAUUCUUGCACAACUCCUUCUACAUCUUCUGCUUCUGGACUGAAUCCAACUUCUGCGCCUGCUUCAUCUGCUCCUACAGUUCCUGUUUCACCUAUCCCACAAUCACCAAUUCCUCCAUUACUUCAGGACCCAAAUCUCCUUCGACAGCUGCUGCCUGCUCUGCAAGCCACCUUGCAGCUUAAUAAUUCUAGCGUAGAUAUAUCCAAAAUCAAUGAAGUUCUAACAGCAGCUGUGACACAAGCCUCUCUGCAGUCUAUACUCCAUAAAAUUCUUACUGCUGGACCAUCUGCUUUCAAUAUCACCUCCCUAAUUUCUCAAGCUGCGCAACUGUCUACGCAAGCUCAGCCAUCUAAUCAGUCUCCAAUGUCUUUAACAUCUGAUGCCUCAUCGCCAAGAUCGUACGUGUCUCCAAGGAUAAGCACGCCGCAGACUAACACUGUUCCACUUAAACCUUUGAUGACUACCCCACCAGUAUCAUCCCAGCAGAAGGUUGCUACUCCAGGUGUUAAACAAGGACCAGCUUCCCAGGCAGCACCUCAGCAGCCAGUAAUAGCUGACAAGCAGGCUGGUCAUGAACCUGCCUCUCCACGAAGUCUUCAGCGUUCAAGUAGUCAAAGAAGUCCAUCACCAGGUCCAAAUCAUACCUCUAGCAGUAGUGCAUCAAACUCAACACCUGCACCACAGAAUACAUCUGUACGACCCACAUGUUCAUUAACACCUACGCUAGCAGCACACUUCAAUGAAAACCUUAUAAAGCAUGUUCAAGGCUGGCCUGCAGAUCAUGCAGAAAAACAGGCAUCAAGAUUACGUGAGGAAGCCCAUAACAUGGGAAGUGUGCAUAUGUCAGAAAUUUGUACUGAAUUAAAGAAUUUAAGGUCUUUAGUUCGAGUAUGUGAAAUUCAAGCAACUUUGCGUGAGCAAAGGAUACUAUUUUUGAGGCAACAAAUUAAAGAACUUGAAAAGCUAAAGAAUCAGAAUUCCUUCAUGGUGUGAAAAGUUUUAAACAAUUGCACAUGGUUUUGAGUACAAGAACUAUUAAACUGAUGCCCAGUCUUAACACUUUUGAGCUGCAUUUGAGUAGACUUUGGACCGUUGAGCUGGGCAGAAAAAAAAGUUGACAUGGGG